GCACAAAAAGAUCCUGAUCCAUUAUUCAUUUUAAGAGCAAGUUCUCCUAUUACUUCAUUAUCAUUUUCUUUUCUCAAUUCUGUAGAAGUUCUUAUUACUGGACUGUCAUGUGGAAAGGUGUUAAAUGAGGAAGAAAAAGCAAAAAUUGAAGCUUACAAAGAUAUAAGUUUGUCCAAUCAACAAAUUGCAAAGAAAAUCAAAAGGUCUUAUCAUGCAGUAAACAAUUUUAUAUACUUAAAAAAUUACAACAAAAAUCACUUUAAGGGUUGGAAAUAAAAAACAACCAAAAGGCAACAUUCUUCCAUUUUGCGUUUGACGUCAUCCAGAGUACCAACAGCAAUACAAAUAAGAACUGAACUUGAAUUAUCUGUGACUACAAGACAUUUUUUUCCACGGCAAAAUUCCAAUAUAUUUUGAUACAACAAAAAUGAAUGCAAGAAAUUAUGUAGAUCUUUUAGAAGAUGUUUUAAUAGAGUUUAGUGAAGGUUUACCUACUGAGAAAUGGAUUUUCCAACAAGAUAGUGCGGUGAUUAACACGGCACACAGUAUAAAAAAUUGGUUCCAGGAAAAAAAUAUAAAUAUUUUGGAUCACCUAUCAUGUUCACCUAACUUGAACCCUAUUGAAAAUUUAUAGGGAAUAUUGGCGCAAACUAUAUAUGGAAAUUCUUGACAGUAUAAUACAAUACAAGAACUUAAAAUAUCUAUCCAACAAACAUGGAGCGGUAUUUCAAAGUUCACAAAAUGGUUUGAUUGAAGUUUGGAACUUAAGUACUAAACGAACUAUGCUUCAUGUGCUUACAGAUGCUCAUGAAAUACUCUAUGCCAACAUAAUACAUUCAGAAGAUUUUUACCUAGUUGGGCAUAAUCGUUCAGGAUUGGUUCAGUUUUUUAAGAUUGAGGAUUCUAAGUUUUGUUUGCAACACUCAUUAUUAGUUCACAACGUGGGAUUUGCUUCAAUUAAUUUUUUAAAGGAAAAAGAUGUUUUUUGGUUGGCUUAUCCAUCUUCUGAUUCUGAGGUUUCUGUCACUACAGUUGAUUUUAAUGUCACCACUGGGAAUUAUGGUGUAAUAUAUACAAUGAAGCCUGAUAUUAAAGUUGGUAUGGUCAUGAAAUGCAUAUUAUUCAUAAGAGACUGCAUUUUAUAUUUAAUUUGUGCAUAUGAAGAUGGGAGUGUUUGCUUGUGGAAUGUUUUUGAGAGUUCUAUGCUUCAUCGAGAGAAAGUUUAUGAAGAUCCAGUAAUGAGUAUGGAUACAGAUGGCAGAAAGAUAAUUACAGCAUCAACGGGAAAUAAAAUUCAUUUUUAUAAUAUAGAUGAGAACUUUCAUUUGAUACAAAUCAACGAAUAUGAGACUAUGAGCAGUGGCUAUAGUGUACUUUCAAUUAGAAGUGAUAAAAAAAUUGUUGCUUGUGGAAGUUGGAAUGGAGUAGUUCGUCUAUAUAGUUGGAAAAAAAUGAAACUUCUAGCCAUUUUAAAAUAUCAUAAUAAAGGUAUAAGUAGCAUAGUUUAUAGCUCUGGAAAUAUUAUUGGUAUUGCUGCAAGAGAUGGCAAAAUUUCAAUUUGGGAUGUUUAUAAAAACACUUAGAUAUUAUUGGUCUCGCUGCAAAAAAUGGCAAAAUUUCAAUUUGGGAUGUUUAUAAAAACACUUAGAUAUUAUUGGUAUCGCUGCAAGAGAUGGCAAAAUUUCAAUUUGGGAUGUUUAUAAAAACACUUAGAUAUUAUUGGUAUCGCUGCAA